AUUCCCUUUCCCACCGUUGUCUGACUAUCUAUCCACCUCUCAAACUCUUCAAUCCCUUCUGUGGAAAUUCAUUCUGACUGUGUGGUUUCUUUGCCCUCGCACUUCAUGCGCUCUGACCACCGAGGAACCCUACCGUAGCCGCUGUCACCGCAUUUCUCUCCGACGAGCCGAUCCCUUAUCUUUCUCUCACAGUUCACGAAUUGACUGCCCUGCGAUUGACCCCGAGUCGGCCCCCUUUCCCCUCUCCCUCCCACAACCUCAAGCCCUCGACAUGGCGACACCGUUGUCAGGCGACAGCCUCGUCCCCAUGGCCGAAUCCGUAUCUUUGACGUCGCGCGAAGCAGCGUCUGGACUGCUUGGCUCCAUUUCGCUCACCUGCUGGAUUUUCCUUCUUGUUCCUCAGCUCAUCGAGAACUACCGCAAUGGCAACGCCGAAGCCAUCUCCCUCCUCUUCCUCUUUGUCUGGUUCGUCGGCGACAUCACCAACCUCAUCGGCGGCGCCUGGGCCGGCCUAGUCCCCGUCAUUGUCGCCAUUGCCGUCUACUUCUGUAUCGCAGACGGCGUCCUCAUCAGCCAAUGUCUGUACUAUAAGGCCCGCAACUCGCGCCAAGCCGCGGCGCGCCAUCGUCGGAGACGCUCCUCCGUGGAAACCCCGGACACGGUCACACCCUUGCUGGGCCGACGCUUCAGCGACGCGGUCGAGCACCAUCGUCCGGUUGCGCGCCGGGCGGAGGGUUAUGUCCAGGGCAGUACCUCGGGGCCCGAAGACACUCUCGCGAAGAUCGUUGAGGAGAAUGACGUCGGUCGCAAGGCGUGGGUCAAGAACUUCAGCAGUGUGCUGGCUAUCUGCGUCAUCGGCAUGGCGGGCUGGACCAUGGCCUGGCAGACGGGCGUCUGGAAGCCAGCCCCCAAGGAGGUGGAUGGCGGAGUGGACAUGGCACCGGGCGCGAUGGUGCUGGGAUAUAUUAGCGCGCUUUGCUAUCUGGGUGCACGUCUGCCGCAGAUCUAUAAGAACUACUGCGAAAAGUCAUGCGAGGGACUUUCACUUCUGUUCUUCAUCCUUUCCCUCAUGGGAAAUCUGACUUAUGGCGCUGGGAUUCUCUGCCACUCCACGGAGCGGAACUAUAUCAUCACAAACGUGCCGUGGCUGAUUGGCUCCUUGGGCACAAUGAUCGAGGAUGUGACGAUAUUCAUCCAAUUUCGACUCUAUGCUGUUCAGAACCCCGAGGAUACGGUAUAGGUGUUUUCUUAUACAUUUGUUUUUGUUUGAUUGAAAUAUGCGGCUGGUUUAGCGUGUGUUAUCUUUGUGCUGGCAGGUUGGGGUUGUUGUGCUUUAUUAUGUAUUGGGCGGUUGCUGCUUCUGAAAAGUUUUUUUGCUUGCCUUUCCGUGCGACUGCCUCAUCUUGUAUAUUUAUUUCAAAAGACAUCUUGUAACUCAUGAC